UUUAAUUUUUUGUAUUAUUUGUUAUGUUUUAUUUUUUUUGACAAUUUAAUUGAUUUUUUUAAAUGUAUGCAUAUGAGUAGGUCCUAUUACCCAGGGUUUAUUUCAAGAAGGGAAAGGGAACAAUAUGGGGGGGGGUGAUGUGCAUGGGAUCAAAAAGCCAAGUCUUGUUUGUUUUAAUGAUUUACUUUUUAAAAAUUUUAUGUGUGUUGUUUUUUUUCUGCACGUGUCUGUGAGAGUGUCAGAUCUCCUGAAGCUGGAGAUACAGACAGGUAUGAGCUGCUAUGUGGGUGCUGGGAAUUGAAGCCCAGGUCCUCUGGGAAAACAGUCAGUGCUCUUAACUGAUGAGCCAUCUCUCCAGCUUCUUUUUUAGUGUUUUGAGACAGGGUUUCUCUGUGUAGCCCUGGUUGUGCUGGAACUCGAUCUGUAGACCAGGCUGGCCUUGAACUCAGAGAUCCACCUGCCUCUGCCUCCUGAGUGCUGGGAUUAAAGAGGUGUGCCACCACUGCCUAGCUGGCCAGUGAGCCAUCUUUGGGGUCCCUGUUUUUUGUUGUUGUGUUUUUGAGACAAUCUCAUGUAGGCUCAGGUGGACUUAACUGUAGUCCAGGUUGGCCUCAAACUUGCUAUGUAGCCAUGACCUUAACUCAUGAUCUCCUGUUUUAUCUUCACAGCAAUACUGUAUCAGAGGUGUGGAUUUACUUAGCUAGGGCCACAGUGAGGCAGUAUUCGAACCUCCAUCUUAGAAAAGCCUCACAGGUUCUGGCAGAUGAGGGGAAGGAAGAGAGGGAGGAGCCCUUUGUGACAGUUGUGCCAGGCAUAAACAGGAUGUGGUGUUAGAUGAAAGCUUCCCCUUUCCACAGCCCGCCACUCCUCACCCCUAGAAGACAAUUGAACUGAGAAGAGGCCCGAGGACAGAAAAACCAUGUCGGAUUCCCUGGUGGUGUGUGAAGUAGACCCGGAGCUAAAGGAAAAGCUGAGGAAAUUCCGCUUCCGCAAGGAGACCAACAAUGCAGCCAUCAUAAUGAAAGUGGACAAAGACCGGCAGAUGGUGGUGCUGGAGGAAGAAUUCCAGAACAUUUCCCCAGAGGAACUUAAGUUGGGGUUGCCGGAGAGACAGCCCAGGUUCGUGCUCUACAGCUACAAGUAUGAGCACGCUGACGGCAGGGUGUCCUACCCCCUCUGCUUCAUCUUCUCCAGCCCUGUGGGCUGCAAGCCUGAGCAGCAGAUGAUGUAUGCAGGGAGCAAAAACUGGCUGGUGCAGACCGCGGAGCUCACCAAGGUGUUUGAAAUCCGCACCACGGACGACCUCACGGAGGCCUGGCUGAAGGAAAAGUUAGCGUUCUUUCGUUGACCUCUGACCCGGGGACUUGAAAUACUUACGUCUGAGGACUCAGAAUUCUAGGAUAUGUACAUCCAAGAGUUGAAUAAAAGGUCUAGAGAAGGAGA